GAGGGCCCUAGACUCUCAAACCAGGUCACAGCUGCGUAGCGGCGAAACGACCCACGCUAAACCCCCGGAACGAGGCAUCACAUCCCCAAUAUUCUCUUACGACAGGCAACCCUGUUCAAUUCCUCAACUAUAUGUACAUACUCCUACUCUGGGACCAUCCUCAUCGGUUACCACGACCGAUGCCACGUUAGUGCCUUCUUCUUUUUGUUCCACACAACUACCUCGAGGAAGAGUGGGUUUGGGAAUUGGAUUUGUGACCGAGUUGUGGAGAGUUGUUGUAGUCAGGUGCUGUGAAUUGGGUGAUUGCUGCGCUAUGGCGGCUCUCAAGCAAGCGGCCAGUCUAUGGGGAGUUCGAGGCGGCACCAAGUUGGGUUCGGUGAGCUCGGUGUCGAGGAGCGCCUCGUUAAUGUCGCCCACUUCGUUGAGUGCGACUGCGAGGAGUUACCGAAUGGUUGCUGUGCGUGCUGCAGUCUCUGGUGGAAAGUCUGUGAAGCUUGCGCAAGAGUCGUCAAACGAUGAGACAAUCAAAAGUAUUGAGCGUGUGAUCACCCAGGACGAGUCUCCCAAACCUGGUUUCCUGAAUGGGAGUGCAGUUUCGACUGAGACCACGGUUUCUAUCACUGUCGUGGGCGCUUCUGGAGACUUGGCGAAGAAAAAAAUCUUCCCAGCUUUGUUCGCACUCUACUACGAAAAUUGCUUGCCUAAGCAUUUUACUAUAUAUGGAUUCGCAAGAAGCAAAAUGACGGAUGAACAGUUGCGAGAAUUGAUCUCGGGAACAUUAACAUGCCGAAUUGAUCGAAGAGAAAACUGUGGUGACAAACAAGAGGAGUUUCUGAAGCGCUGUUUCUAUCACUCUGGGCAGUACAGCUCUGAGGACAGUUUCAGCGAUCUUUCUAAAAAACUUCAAAAAGAAGAGGGUGAGAGGGUGGCGAACCGACUAUUUUACCUCUCUAUCCCGCCUGAUAUCUUUGUUGACGUGGCCCGGUCGUCAAGUUGUGCCGCAUCGUCGAAAAAUGGUUGGACUCGUGUCAUCGUGGAGAAGCCAUUCGGUCGGGACGCGGAAUCUUCAUCAGAGCUUACAAAGGGCUUGAAGAAGCAUCUGAAAGAAGACCAAAUUUAUCGUAUCGAUCAUUACUUGGGAAAGGAGCUUGUGGAGAAUCUGUCAGUGUUACGGUUCUCCAACCUUGUCUUUGAGCCUUUGUGGUCACGCCAAUACAUCCGCAACGUGCAAUUUAUAUUUUCUGAGGACUUUGGGACAGAAGGACGUGGAGGGUACUUUGACAAUUACGGUAUUAUUCGUGAUAUUAUGCAAAAUCAUCUUUUGCAAAUUCUGGCUUUAUUCGCUAUGGAGCCCCCUGUUAGUCUGGAUGCUGAAGAUAUACGAAAUGAGAAGGUGAAGGUUCUUAGAUCCAUGAGAAAAUUAGACAUUGAUAAUGUGGUAGUAGGUCAAUACAAGGGGCACACUCGAGGUGGCGUGAAGUAUCCUGCCUACAUAGAUGAUAAAACUGUCCCGAACAACAGCAUUACACCUACAUUUGCUGCAGCUGCCCUCUUCAUUGAUAACGCACGUUGGGAUGGAGUUCCCUUCUUGAUGAAAGCUGGCAAGGCUCUGCACAAAAGAGGGGCCGAGAUCCGAGUGCAAUUCAGGCAUGUGCCGGGGAAUCUCUACAAGCGGAGCUUUGGGACAGAUCUUGACAAAGCUACCAAUGAGUUGGUGAUUCGGGUGCAGCCUGACGAGGCUAUCUACUUGAAAAUCAACAACAAAGUGCCAGGCUUAGGGAUGCGAUUGGAUCGUUCAAAUCUCAACUUACAUUAUGCCGCUAGGUAUAAUAAGGAAAUUCCUGAUGCAUAUGAGCGGCUUAUACUGGACGCUGUUGAGGGUGAACGGAGGCUCUUCAUCAGAAGUGAUGAAUUAGAUGCUGCGUGGGCAUUAUUUACUCCUCUUCUGAAAGAGCUGGAGAAGCGAAAGGUGGCUCCAGAGCUCUAUCCAUAUGGCAGCCGUGGUCCAGUAGGCGCCCACUAUUUGGCUGCCAAAUACAAUGUUAGGUGGGGCGACAACAGCUACGAACCUACAGAGAACUGAAACCUCAUCCCCCUAAACUUCUGCAAUACGAAUCUGUCUAGAAAUGAAAUUAGUCAGGCCUUAUUUCACUUGUAGGUAAAGGUUUACACUUUGACUGCACUAGGCAUUUCAAGCAGCUGGGGCGCCAUACUUAGAUCCGUUACCCAUACCAAACUUGUAACGCCCUCAACCUCGUCGGUGCAGAGUGAAGGCAAGGCUUGUGUGCCAGGAGAAAACAUUGGGUGUCCGAGUCUGAGUUUUGGUAAUCGUAGAUAGUGCAAUAUGGUCCUCAUUUUUGUGAGUGUCCAUAUUGUUACAUAGCUCACAUGCCAUUUUGUAUAUUGACAGCUGCUUCUAGUCUAUAAGUUCCUGCAUAACUUCUGAGAAGCUGAAAUGGGGUACACCCAAAGUUCAUAGGUAGUUUGGAACACUUGUGACGUGGUUAUUUGUCAAAAUAUUAAUGGAGCAGCUUCCAACAUGUUUGAAAAUUAAACCGUGUAAGAUUUUUUAUUAUUUAUUAAUUGGAAUAACCUUAUUUUACA